AUGAAGGCGCUGAACGAGCAGGUGCACGGCCCCAGCGACAACCUGUACCGCGGCUGGGAGGUCCUGGGCCACUCUGACCUGGACACGGAUGAUGAUGAUGACGAGGAGCUGGAGCUGGACAGCAGCGAGCUCAUGGAUCAAGAGGGGUUUGAUGCACAGAUGGACGCUGAUCUGGACGAGAGCAGCGACGACGAGGACAGCGAUGAUUAUGACGACGACGACGACGACAGCGAUGACGACGAUGACGACGAUGGCGGCGGUGGCCAUGACAUCAUCAGCAGCGACGAGAGCAGUAGCGACGACAGCAGCAGCGACGAGGAUAGCAGCGACGAUAGCUCUGGCAGCGAGGGCGCGGACGAGGGCGAGUAG